AUGAAACAAUUCAAAGAUAUCCUGGUGUCUGGAUAUCAGAUUCAGAAAGCAAAUGUGACUCUGGAUCCUGACACAGCUCAUCCCAAGCUCAUUCUCUCUGAAGAUCUUAAAAGCUGCUGGUUGGGAAGAAGUCAAAACCUCGUCAACGAUGACAAGAGAUUUGACCUCAUGCCAUGUGUGUUGGGACGCGAGAUGUUCGUCACCGGCAGGCAUUAUUGGGAUGUUGCUGUGGAAAAUGAGAGCGAUUGGGCUGUCGGAGUUGCCCGAAGUUCAAUGAAGAGAAAGGGCAUUGAGGCCUUCCGUAAUAUGGAAGGGAUCUGGGCAAUGGCAAAGUGUUGUGGCAGGUUCUGGGUGUACAUGAACCCUCCAGCUUUAGUUUCUGAUCCAAUGCGUUGGAAGAUCAAGAAGAUUCGAGUCUCUCUGAACUACGCUGGAGGCCGGGUGGCUUUUUAUGAUGUUGAAAGAGGAAACCUGCUCUAUGCCUUCUCCGUAACUUCAUAUUUUGGAGAGCCCAUUCACCCUUUCUUUUGGAUUGGGAAGAAAACCCGUCUCUCGCUUUGCCCCUAA